GGAACAAUUGUUUUCCAUGGGUGCAAACAUGUGAAGGCCCGAUCCACUCCCAACACAUAGAACUAAGGGAUAAAUUCCAGUUGGCCAUCCGUUUUCUGACAGGAAAGCAACACAGUGUUUGGAAGCAGGUCUCAGGCAUGAUGGAGAACAAAGAGAAUAUUGGGGAUUCAUUAAACAGCAAGGAGAGUGUUAAAGGCACGCCAUUGUUAGAAUGUGCUGGCUGUCUCCCAAGCCCAGCUCCUGCAGCAGACCAGAACAUCCCUGUAGAAGACCACUCCAUUGUGUUCUUUGACUUGGAGACCACUGGACUAGGGUCAAAGUGUGACAUUAUCCAGCUGUCUGCUGUCUGCAUGGAAAAGACCUUCAAUGUCUACAUGGUUCCCAGAACACCAAUCGUGAAGGGGGCGUCUGCUGUCACUGGAUUCACCGUCAGGAGACACAAGCUGUAUCUGCAUCACCGUCCUGUGCAGACGAAGACCCACAGGGACUGUUUGAUGUCAUUCCUGGCCUUCCUUCGAGCAUUGGACCGGCCUCUGCUAGCGGGUCACAACAUAAAGAGGUUCGAUUGCCCUAUUUUGGCCAGGGUCCUUGAAGAAUUCCAACUGAAUGAGGAAUUCAAGCUAUUGGUCUCAGGCUUCCUGGACACCCUUAUCUUAAGCAAAGACCUCCUGCGGAACACUGGCAUCAAGAGUUUUAAGCAGGAGAACCUGGUUAAGGAGCUUCUGAAGAAAUCCUAUCCUGCACACAACGCUCUGGAAGAUGUCAAAGCUUUGCAGGAUCUCUACAGUGCCCUAAGGCCUACCCCAGCGCAAAUAACCAGCCACCUAUUCACUCUUGACCAUAUGGAAUCUCAUAUGUCACUGCAGCCUUUAGUAGAGGGGAAAGCCAUCUCCAAAACCACAGCUCAGAAGCUGGCAAGACUCGGGUUCAAUUUUGAAAAGAUGAAGCGCUCUCACUUGCAAAAUCCCAGUGAGGGGCUGCGGCAGUUUCUGGAGCCAUUGAAGCAAGAGCUGAAGAAUAGCAUGUUCACAAAAACUGUGGACAAAAUCUGCGACUUCUUUAAAAUAGAGCAGUAGACUGUGUUUGGGAGUUAUACUGCAGCACAGGAUAAUCCAUCUUGUUGAAUUUGUACCUCUGUUUUCCUUGCCUACUAGAAAGGAGAAAUAUAUAUUUAUUUUAAAUGAGUUUUAGGUUUCAGUGUGCAAAAAUACCUACUGUAUAUUUUAUGAAUAAAUAAAACUACUUUUUUUUUAAA